UAAAGUUGCAGGAAUCAACAGAGAGAAAAGGGCCAGGUAGUUCCCAGGACAACGAAAUGGGAUUUGGAGAAUGAAUAAUGGAAUUUCCAUCAACAGCUUAUUAGGGCCUUUCUUUGGCCAGACCUGGAAGAGGGUUGUGUUCCUGAGCUGUUUCAAGAUUUGCCAUGGAGAAGAUCUCGGUGUCAGCAUUUUUGCUCCUUGUCGCCCUCUCUUACACUCUGGCCAAAGAUAUCACAGUUAAAUCAGGAGCAAAGAAAGAUACCAAGGACUCAGCCCCCAAACUGCCCCAGACCCUCUCCAGAGGUUGGGGUGAUCAGCUCAUCUGGACUCAGACCUAUGAAGAAGCUUUAUACAAAUCCAAGACAAGCAACAAACCCUUAAUGAUUAUCCAUCACCUGGAUGAAUGCCCACACAGUCAAGCUUUAAAGAAAGUGUUUGCUGAAAAUAAAGAAAUCCAGAAAUUGGCAGAGCAGUUUGUCCUCCUCAAUCUAGUCUAUGAAACAACUGACAAACACCUUUCUCCUGAUGGCCAGUAUGUCCCCAGGAUCAUAUUCGUAGACCCAUCCCUGACAGUUAGAGCUGACAUCACUGGAAGAUACUCAAAUCGUCUCUACGCUUAUGAACCUUCAGAUAUAGCUCUACUGCUCGACAACAUGAAGAAAGCUCUGAAGUUGCUAAAGACUGAAUUGUAGAGAAAAAAAAGUCUGCAAAGUUUUUUCUGUGUCCAGCCCUGAGACUUGGAACCAGAAGAGAUCCUAGAAGACUUUGGAAAAUGUAGGAACAGUGAUGGACAUGCUAAUUAGAUUAUGGUUAUUGUUACAACAGCUAUUUUUUAAAAAUCUUGUUUCAACUGUACAUGCAUGAAAAUAAUACUGCAUACUACCAUAGGAAGUCAUGCUUUUUUAAAAUAAAUAAAUCCUUUUGGGGGUGUUCAAACUGUUAUUCCCCCCCCCCCCAACUUUGUCCUUCAGAGAAAAGCUAUUAUUUUGGACACAUGAAGUACUCAAAGAAGAGACAAGACAAACUCAACAGAAUUAGUGAAGACCAGAAAAAGUUCUCAUCUCACUUCACUAUUCGCUCACUCAGUGACUAAAAGUAGACAUGAGCUAAUUCAACAGAAGUAUCAAAACAGAAUUUGUGUGACUGUAAAAGAAUAUGUAAAAAGGUGUCCCAAAAAAUUAGGUAACUAACUGAAGAAUUCCCCACCCCCCACCUCCUUGACUCUAGCCAGCCUCCUAAAUACACGCUUACCUUCAAGAAUUCAGUUUUAGUUAGAUUCUGCACAAUUGAACUCUCUCAGAGAAAAUCUCUGACAGCUUUCUCCAUCAGUGCACUGAUUUUGUGAAAAGGUCAUUCAAAAAGCAUUUGUACCUAUGAACAUACCCUCAAAAAAUCCUAAGAAUUAGUCUUGUAAUACAUUUGCCCUCUCAAGAUUUUAGAGUACUGCCCUGGAGUAAAUUUAGUUGAGUUGUUCCCAUCUUCACCAAAAGAUGGAGAACAGCAAAGGGCACAGACAUCAUGUCUAUGCAACAGAGAUCAGAGAUCACUACUUACCUCUGGAGAAGUUGAGAGAGGUAGUGGCAUCAAAUAGGGGAGCAGCUCUAGCUACUUUCAAUUCUUUAUUCUGAAUGACAAAAAUUAGAACUGUGUAUUAAUUUCUUCACUACCUAUUUAAUCUCACUUUCACUGUCACAUGGAAUUUCUUUAUCACUCAGACCCCACUGACCUCUUUGGCCUGUAAAUGGCUGUGGUGGUCCGUACAAUGUUUUGAAUAUUGAUACAUUGAUUAUCUAUUGCUUGUCUUGACAAACUUUUUUUUAGAACCAUUCUGAAUAGAUCCUUUGGCAUUAUUAUCUUUUCCAGGGCAGAGUAUAUAUUUUAAAUUCUCUUUCAUAGUACUACCAAAGAGCUAUAUACUAAUAGGUUCUGUGUACAUAUGGUUGAUUUAAUGAUAUACAGAUCCUCAGUAAAAAUAUCAGCAGAGAGAUUCAUCUCUCUUCUUAUAAGUAGGUACACAUGUUUAAAAAUGUUAAAUAUAUUUAGAAAGUUCUCUGAGAGCUAAUGAAGGGAAAACUAGUAUGCAUUUAUAUAAACAAAUAUUUUGAAUGACAACUUCUAAGAUAUUCAGGUUUCCUCUAGCAUACAUUAAAAUAAAAAUCAAAAAUCUGUUUUUUUUAAUUUGGCUAAGAUUAAGUUCUUAAAAUUUAUUGAAUAACAAAGUGUUAUUUUAACAACACAUAUAAUUUUUAAGUCAUAAAUCAAUCUCUGGGAAGUCAAAUGUUAAGGUUACAAGGAAGUUGAAUCUCCCUUAGAAAAGUGUUAAGCAGAGCCACGGUCUUCUCUACUUCUGAAAAUUUGUCCUAAUGCAGAUCAGAAAAUCAUUCAAGAAAAAUAUAGAGUUCUGUGAAGAUGCUCAUGGCAACAUUAUUUAAACAUACUUUAAAAAAAGGCAACCACCAAAUAAAAUGAUUACAUAGUUUAUUAAGACAAAGCACACUAUGUUGUCAUCUCUACACAUAAACAUUGUGAAGAAACAAAAUGAAAGAUAUUUCCUUGCUGUGCUUUUAACUCCAGGAAGUGUGUGUACCCAGCAGUUAGAAUGAGAAGUGAAGAUGCAAAGGGAAGAACUGCUGGAAGCUUAUGGAAUUAUUGGCAAAGCCUGUUCUUGACAUCUCACAAUCUUUGUGUUCAAAUAAAUUGAAAUAAAAGCA